CAGCCGGCGUCCUGUCAGAGGUGCCCCCGGCAGUGGCGGUGGCGGCGGCGUGCGGGUCCCAGCGCCGGCCGCACUAUGAAGAUCUGGACCUCGGAGCACGUGUUCGAGCACCCAUGGGAAACUGUUACAACAGCUGCCAUGCAGAAAUAUCCCAACCCCAUGAACCCAAGUGUCGUGGGAGUUGAUGUGCUAGACAGACACAUAGAUCCACAUGGGAAACUGCACAGCCUUCGACUACUCAGCACAGAAUGGGGAAUCCCCUCCAUUGUGAAAUCGCUUAUCGGUGCGUGUAGAACAAAGACAUACAUUCAAGAACAUUCUGUUGUUGACCCUGUGAAAAAAACAAUGGAACUCCAGUCCACUAAUAUUUCAUUUACAAAUCUGGUUUCAGUAGAUGAGCGGCUUAUUUAUAAACCACAUCCUCAUGCGCCUGAAAAAACCAUUUUGACUCAAGAAGCAAUAAUAUCUGUGAAAGGGGUCAGUCUCAGCAGUUACCUAGAAGGAUUAAUGGAAAACACAAUCUCUUCCAAUGCCAAUAAAGGUCGUGAGGCACUAGAAUGGGUAAUCAAUAAACUAAAUGCUGAAAUUGAGGAGUUCGCAGCUUCAGCAAGACAAAGCAUGAGGACUUCUAUGGCAGCAGCAGCAUUUGCAGAGAAAUGAUAGCAAAUAUACAUUUAUAAAUUACUAGUUAGGUCUGCGUGUCUGAAAUAAGGAACCAAAAGCUCCUCUUCAAACUGAAAUGUAUUUAUUGUUAUGUUUUGUUAUUUAAGGACAUAUCUAUGUAUUAGCUAGGUUUUAAGGUAAAACUUUGGAGACAAGUAGCAAGUUCUUUGUGAAUGAGGGUAAUGUGUAGGAAUUUAACUAAUAUGUUGGUUCAACUAAACUGAACAUUCAUUUCAUAUGAAAUAAUAUCUUAAGAAUUCAAAGGUAGUUCCUGUAUUUACAGGAAUUCUUACCAGUUUAAAAUGACUCCUAAUACAAAGUUAUCUACAGUUUGUAAAUAAGGUUACAAACAUUGGAGGAGAUUGAUAGUGAAUCCUACUUGAGUAGAAUUUAGUGUUAUUUUAUUCUUGGACUCUACCUCUUUGGGGACCACACCCAAGAUUAAGAAAAAAUGGCUUGUUCAAGCAAGGUUGCUCCAUUGUAUUUGUUUUGGAAGGUUGUGUGAUAUAACUUGCUAUAAAUAGAAGAUUUAUUACUUGAAGCCUGAAAUGCAAAUGAAUGUUCAUCAAAACAUGUAUUUUUGGAUAAACUUGCUAAAAGUUCUGGUCAGACAGCUGAUUUGAAAUGGUACUUUUAAAGUAAACUAUAUCCAUCAAACGGUUUCUUAAUAUUUACAAGAAGUGUCAUCUCACAUAUUUUGAAUAGUGCUGCUCUCUGAGGCCAAAAUUUUGCCUUUAAAUACUACAUUAGUAGGAGUUGCCUGCCAUAACCAAGGAAGAAUUUAGACCAAAAUACUUUUAUCUUUUUAGUUCAGCCUUGCAGUAACAGAACCUCUCUAUUUAGAGGGGAACUAUAAUCUUAGAAGAAUUUUAAAAUGUAAUUUUAUAGACAGUUAAACUUUGUAGAAAAGUUUAAAUUUAUUUUGAAAUAUUGCAAAAUAACUCAAAUUUAAAUUCUUAGAUGAACUUGGUAGAGAUGUAUUCUCAUUUGUAGGUAACAAUAAACAGGGUUAGCAAAAGUAAGUUUACAUUAAUCAUGCUUCAACAUUUUUCAGUUAAACAUGGAGUCAAACUAUUUGAAUGCCAUUUCAACUAAACAUAGCAUCUAGCAUUUCUCAUCUUUUUUAUUAUUGAAAUAAAUACUUAUGAACAGGGCAUUUUAAAUGAAGGAUUUGGGGAUCAAAAUCAGUACGUAGUUUAGUUUCUUGGCACUGAGUUCCCAUACAUAAUCACUAAAGGUCAGAUUUUGCUAACUUUACUCAAAUAGCAAAUUUCUCUGAAGGCAAGCUCAUUGACUUCUAUGGUGGGGAUGCGUAGUAAAAAACAUGAGAAGGGGUAGGGGAAAUGUUGUACUAUAG